AUGCCCUGUUACCUCCACUCCUUCCAGGCGGAGGAGGAGGACGACGAGGUGCCGCUUGGGCAGCGCGCCGCCCAGCUGGCGGACGGCAGCACCGACCGCACCGCCAUGCGGGCCCGGGCGCGCACUACGCUGCGCGCGGGGCGCCAGCCCCGGGAGAACAAGCACCGGCCCUCGGAGGCCAGCAGCAAGCGCCCCGUGCCGGUGCUGCGGGAGAGCAUCCAGGGCCCCCGCGCCCAGGGCAAGGACCCACGCUUUGAGUCCCUGGCCGGGGGCGCCUUUGACGAGCGCCGCUUCAAGAGCCAGUACGCUUUCCUGUACGACGAGAAGCUGCCGGAGGAGCGCAAGGGCCUGCGCGCCGCGCUGAAGAAAGCCAAGGGCGCGGAGGCGCGGGCCGACCUGCAGGCGCGUCUGACCCGGGUGGAGCAAGCGCUGCGGGAGGAGAAUGCUCGGCGGUGGAAGCUCGACUUCAAGGCCAAGCUGAAGAGCAAGGAGCGGGCGGCAGUACAGGCGGGCAAGACGCCCUUCCACCUCAAGAAGUCGGAGCAGAAGCGACUGGAGCUGGUGGCCAAGUUUGAGGAGCUCAAGGCCAGCGGCCGGCUGGAGAAGUACAUGGAGAAGCGGAGGAAGAAGAAUGCAGCCAAGGACCACCGAUACCUGGUGGCGCCCAGGGCGCAGGCCCAGUAG